GUGGGGACGCUCCUGGGACGUGGGGGGCGGCCGGAGGCUCUGCUAGGAGGAAGACGGAACUGCAGCUCCCAGCCCGCGGACGGAGAGCCAGGGUCAGACACUCGGGAAUGGGGCGAGCGGCCAGUCACCCUUGCAGCACGGAUGCAGGUCGGGAUCAGAAUGGCAAUCGGUAGUUUUCCAAAUAAAAUUGAUGAACACUCUGGCGCACGGGCACUGUUAAAAUUUCAUACCUUGUAUCACAAACACUUUUGGGCUGAAUCCGUCCCAGGUCCUUUACCUGCGUUUUGUGUUAAUCGAUCGUUAGCGCCCAGACUUACUUGGGUCCCAGGGUCUGCGGGAGGGCUCAAACUUUGUGCCCUUCUGAAGCUGCUUUGUUGCACCAGCUGCAUUUAUCUACAGUUUCAAAGACGAGCCUUUUUGAAAAACCAAUCGUAUAUUUCCCCCAACUUCCUGUUGAGGAGAGGCAACAUUCCAUUCUUUCAGAAGUUGUUAAGGUAUUGCCCUGAGUACAUAAGUUGAUCGGAAGGGUGACCCCUUGUGCUGAGCCAUUUCAAUUUAUACAUCCUAUGAGUCAUUUGAAUUGUGUCCCUGAAGUUCAACCCCCUUAGCAGGGCGGGGAUAUUUGGAACCUGUCCAGUCCCACUGAAUCGUAAUACUGUGGCAUUCCCUUGCCAAAGAGGGAAAGUGAUUAGAUAACUGACUGUAAGGCCCAACAACUGUUUUAUAGUUAUAUUUAAAACAACUUUUUCAAUAUCAUUAAUAGUUACAGGCCUAUUCAGUUUACGAUUUUUGUUUUUCUUGAGUCACAUUUAAUAAGUUAUAAUUUUGGGGGAAACUUCAUUUUGUCUAAGGCUUAUAAUAUUUGCUUAUGAUUUUAUGUAAGUUCCAGCUGAUAUUUCCGUUCCUGAUAUCUUUCUCUGUGUGUGUGUGUGUGUGUUUUUUUUCCCUCUUCAAUCUUGCCAAAGAGUUGCCUAUUUUGUUCAUACUUUGAAAGAAUCAGCUUUUGGUACUUUUUGCUGGCCAUCUCUAUUUUACUUCAUUGAUUUCUGCUUUCUUUGGGUUUACUCAUUUGCGCUUUUUCUAAUUUCUUGAGUUGAAUGCUGUUAUGGAUUGAAUUGUGUCUCCCCAAAAUAUGUGUUGUAAAUCCUAGCCCCUAUAUAACAGUGGUUAUAAUCCCAUUUGGGAAUAAGUUUUCUUGGUUGUGUUGAGAUGGUAUUAGUGUAGGGUGUGUUUACAGUCACUCUCUUUUGAGAUAUAAAAGGAGCAGAUUAAUAUAGCAGAGAGAAGGGAAGAUUGAUGCCAUGCCACACAAAAAUCAAGGAGCCAAGGAACAGAAGCUGAAGAGACAAGGACCUCCCCACAGAGCCAACAGAGAGAAGGCCUUUCCUUAGAGCCGGCACCCUGAAUUCGAACUUCUAGCCUCCUAACUAAAAUUUUUACUACUGGAGAUAUCAACAAAGAUGGGAAGCUGGAUUUUGAAGAAUUUAUGAAGUACCUUAAAGACCAUGAGAAAAAAAUGAAACUGGCCUUUAAGAGUUUGGACAAAAACAAUGAUGGGAAAAUUGAGGCCUCAGAGAUUGUCCAGUCUCUCCAGACACUGGGUCUAACUAUUUCUGAAAAACAAGCAGAGUUGAUCCUUCAGAGCAUUGAUGCUGAUGGGACGAUGACCGUGGACUGGAAUGAAUGGAGGGACUAUUUCUUAUUUAAUCCUGCUACAGACAUUGAGGAAAUUAUCCGUUUCUGGAAACAUUCUACUGGAAUUGACAUAGGGGAUAGUUUAACUAUACCAGAUGAAUUCACAGAAGAUGAAAAAAUAUCUGGACAGUGGUGGAGACAGCUUUUGGCAGGAGGUGUUGCUGGUGCCGUCUCUCGAACGAGCACUGCCCCUUUGGACCGUCUGAAAGUCAUGAUGCAGGUUCAUGGCUCAAAAUCAGACAAAAUGAACUUAGUUGGUGGCUUUCGACAGAUGGUGAAAGAAGGAGGUGUCCGUUCCCUUUGGAGAGGAAAUGGUACAAAUGUCAUUAAAAUUGCUCCUGAGACUGCUGUUAAAUUCUGGGCAUAUGAACAGUACAAGAAGUUGCUUACUGAGGAGGGACAAAAGAUAGGGACCUUCGAGAGAUUUAUUUCGGGUUCCAUGGCUGGAGCGACUGCACAGACUUUUAUUUAUCCCAUGGAGGUUUUAAAAACGAGGCUGGCUGUAGGCAAAACUGGACAAUACUCUGGAAUAUUUGAUUGUGCCAAGAAGAUUAUGAAACAUGAAGGCUUGGGAGCUUUUUACAAAGGUUAUAUUCCCAACUUAUUAGGCAUCAUACCUUAUGCGGGCAUAGAUCUUGCUGUGUAUGAGCUCUUGAAGUCCCACUGGCUAGAUAAUUUUGCGAAGGACACCGUAAACCCUGGAGUCAUGGUGUUGCUGGGCUGUGGAGCCUUAUCCAGCACCUGUGGUCAGCUGGCCAGCUACCCCCUGGCUUUGGUGAGAACUCGCAUGCAGGCACAAGCCAUGUUAGAAGGAUCCCCACAGCUGAACAUGGUUGGCCUCUUCCGACGAAUAAUUUCCAAAGAAGGAGUAAGAGGACUUUACAGAGGCAUCACCCCGAACUUUAUGAAGGUGCUCCCUGCUGUCGGCAUCAGUUAUGUGGUUUAUGAAAAUAUGAAGCAAACUUUAGGAGUAGCUCAGAAAUGACAUGUUGAAUUUUUUGCUUUAGCGUGAUUACUGAAAUUCUCAACUAUUUCUGGAGUUACUUUUUCUCCUGGAAUUUCAACAAGUCCAUGGCAAAAAACAAAACAAAACUCUAUUUUUUCAUAAAAGGGGAGAGCGUAUCAAUGAUCACUUCAGAUAUUUUGGCUUAAUUUUAUAUACACAGAAUUGUUUAAAAUCAUAGUUUUGAUAAGUUCAUAUAAUUUUUUAAAAGCCCCCAAAUUGUAUUUAUCUUUCUUAUUACUCCUUCCUGCAGAUAUCUGCCCUGAAUCCUAAACCUGAAAAAUGUACUACUUCCUUGAACUAAAUUGGUUUGGUGUGGUAGAAUUAUAGAUCAUUAAUCUUUAUUUUGGUUGGUCCAAAUUUAUGCCAGUUCUUUAUACUUGUCUUUUUCCUUAAGAACAGAACAAUCAGAAAACCCUGAGACUUAAAUUAUUUUUUAAUAUGCUUAUAGACUUUAACAAAUUUCCUCAUAGAACCAUACAUAGAAAAUCAUUGCAUUGAAACAGCUUUUAUAGCUGCCAAAUCAGUACAGAGUUUAUAUCAUUAUUUACCUUUAAGCAGAAUAGGAAUGAACAUAGCGGGCAGAAUUUCAAGGCCCUUGACUACCUAGUCCAUUCAUAUCAUUUUUCGGUAAGGAGGAGUGAUGAGGUGACAUUUAUUUCAGUGGGCACUUGUGCAUUUUACUUGCACAGUUAUAUGGUUCCUGGAAUCACACGCUGAUUAAAUGUCAGUAUGUUAACGCUGCAUUAUCAGCACAAAAUAACUUAUUUGAAAGAUUCUGUUUAUUCUGUGAUUGCUUUGAAAAGCAGCAGGAACCAAAAACCCUUUUGCUUGUAUCAGCUUCUGAGGAGCGUCUCUCUUUUCUCUGCCCUUUGUCUUCUACUUCUUGCCUCAGAUUCCAUCUUAACCAGGAAGGCUUGUUGGGACCAUUCUUGCCAAUCUGAAAUUUCUCUGUCUUAAUGACAUGAAGUGGUUUGAUCAUGGGCAAGUGACAUCCUUAUUUUCCUCUCCCUGUUGGAUUUCUUUGAUCCUACCAUUCUCAAUUUGGGCAUAAACUUGAGAGAACAGAACAUAUUAACAGGCAUGUGUAUUGAUCUUAUACCUUAAAAAGAUACCUAUAUUUAAAUGAAGGGCCCAAUUGAUAAACAUGCCCAUAUUUCCUCUUGCCCCAAGUCUUAGGAACAUGCUAUGAUAGAGAAAACUUCAUUUAUAAUAGUGAUAGCAUUUUUUAUUUUACUAAAGCAAUUUUUGUAGUCAGCUACCUUUUCUGAAGUUUGUGUGAUUAAGACUUAGAAAAAUAUUUGUUAGUUGAAGGUAUUCCUAUCACUUUUUAAUUUAGUCCCUAAAACUCAGACAAGUUUGGUUUCUAAUUAUUUCUGUUAUACAUUAUCCACAUUUUAUUGAAAAUCCAGAGACACACAGGCAUUUACUUUAUUUGAACCUACCUCUUAUAUUUUCUGAACCAAAGAGAAAUGUUGGACUUGUGUUUGUGAAGCAUAUUCUGAAAUAGUUUUCAUCUGUGUUAGUUUUUCCUGAUAAAUGUCUGAGUAUUUUUAUAUAAUACAUAAAAUAAGCGUGGGACUUUACUGUCUUCAGGGUUGCUUUGUCCUUGUGAGUAAUACAUGUAUGUCAAUAGAAGAUACGUGAUUAGGUGUUUCUUUUUUUACUCAUAAAAAUGAUGGAAAUGAAUAAUUCUGCUAACGUUUUUGAAAUUUCAAGCUGCUGAAACAUGCGAAACUCUUCCUUGUUCAUUAUGAAUUAUAUUGUUUGCUAUUUAAAAUUUGUAAGGUGUACCUGUGAUUUAUCUGUGCAUCUUGUAUUUUUGGGAAAAAAAUGAUCUUGUGUCUUUUGAAAAAAAGCCCCAAGUUGAAGAUAGUUUCUGGUGUUACUCCUCCAUAUUUAUGCUUCAUUUGUAUUAAAACAACAACAACAUUUGUUUUUAAA